UGUCUGAUGACCCGGUGCCCGCUGUUGUACCUGGUGACCCGAUGCCCGCUGUCGAGCCAGAUGGCCCGGUGCCUGCCGCCCUGCCUGGUGGCCCGGUGCCCGCUGCCCCAUCUGGUGGCCCGGUGCCCCGCCUGGUGGCCCGGUGCCCGCUGCUCCGCCUGGGGGCCUGGUGCCUGCCGCCCUGCCUGGGGGCCCGGUGCCUGCCGCUCCACCUGGUGAUCCGGCGUCCAGCCCGAUGACCCGAUGCGCCUCCGUCCGGGGCCCAGCCCGAUGCGCCUCCGUCCGGGGCCCAGCCCGAUGUGCCUCCGUCCGGGGCCCAGCCCGAUGGGCCUCCGUCCGGUGUCCAGCCCGAUG